GUAUAGAUUCACGGAAAUAUCUCAUCCGACCAGUCACGGACACAAUUCCAAUUUCAUCUCUCUCUCUCUCUCUCUCUCUCUCUCUCUGAGUGCUCGUUGACCCAAAGGAAACCAUGGAGAUCGACCCGGUUAAUGUGAGUGAGUUUCAAGAACUUGCCAAACAAGCUCUUCCAAAGAUGUACUAUGAUUAUAUCAGUGGAGGAGCUGAAGACCAGUUUACCUUGAAGGAGAAUAUUGAAGCAUUUCAAAGAAUUAUGUUACGGCCCAGGGUUCUUGUAGAUGUGAGCAAAAUAGAUAUGUCAACAACCUUACUAGGGUACGACAUGUCUUCACCUAUCAUGGUUGCCCCGACUGGAGCGCAGAAGUUAGCACAUCCUGAAGGAGAAUUGGCAACAGCAAAAGCUGCAGCAGCAUGUAACACAAUAAUGGUGUUGUCAUUUUCGUCUAGUUACACUAUUGAGGAGGUUGCUUCCACUUGCAAUGCUAUUCGUUUCUUUCAAUUAUAUAUAUUCAAAAGGCGAGAUAUUUCAGCAAAACUAGUACAGCGAGCUGAGAGUAAUGGAUUUAGAGCUAUUGUUCUAACAGUUGACACUCCAAGGCUUGGUCGAAGGGAGGCAGAUAUAAAAAACAAGAUGAUUGCACCAAAAAUUUCAAAUCUUGAAGGCCUGUUAUCACUGGAUGUUGAUGCUGAAGGUGGUUCUAAUCUUGAGGCCUUUGCAUCUGAAACUUUGGAUCCUUCUUUGAGUUGGAAGGACAUAGGAUGGAUAAAAUCUAUUACAAACUUGCCCAUUUUGGUAAAGGGCAUUCUGACUGCAGAAGAUGCUACAAAGGCAGUAGAAGCAGGAGUAUCUGGUAUAGUUGUAUCUAAUCAUGGUGCUCGCCAGCUUGAUUAUGCACCAGCAACAAUAUCUGUUCUUGAAGAGGUGGUUAAAGCUGUUUCUGGAGCAGUUCCUGUUCUAUUUGAUGGAGGAGUCCGACGUGGAACCGACGUGUUCAAGGCCUUGGCUCUUGGUGCUAAAGCUGUAAUGAUUGGACGACCUGUCGUCUAUGGCCUGGCAGCAAAGGGGGAAUAUGGAGUAAGAAGGGUCAUUGAAAUGCUUCAAAACGAGUUGGAGCUGACCAUGGCCCUGGCAGGCUGCCCCAGUAUAAAGGACAUUACCAGGAAUCACAUCUGGACCAAGCAUAACAGGCUGAGAUCCCUCAUGUGAAUGAUUAUGCGAUAUACCCUGCAGUAAAAAACAUAUUAUUUUGUUCGAAAUAAGGAGAACAAAAGUUCUGUUUGAUGAUCCAUCGAGAACAUCAAUUAUUUUCUUUUUGCUGUUGGUUGCAUCCUAAAAUACCUGAAUACAGGCAGGGGUGAUGCACAGACGAUGUAAGUAAUGUAUUACCCAAGUGUGAUCGGUAGACAUGAUGAUUCCAUUAUCCUCAUCCCUCAAAGGCCACCAGGCCUCUGAUUUGUAUCUUCAUAUUUAACCUACAUAUAAUGUUCAGCACAGGAUGACAUAAGGUUGUUUCAGAAUAGAAGUCCAUAUUUUCGUUUUUGACUC